UCUUCCUUUGCCAUUCAUUUGCACAUUAGUUUAUUUGCAUUGUUUGUUUUGCAUUUAGUGUUAAAUGCAUGGAACAGUAAAAAAAAAAGGGGGAAAUUCUGGUAGUUAAAUAAAUAGGUCUGUUGUUCAUAACUGUGUAAAAAGCAGAACCAUUUAUUCUAUCAACACUGGUUUGGGGUUUAAAAAAAAAAGAAAAGAAAAAAAACUGAUCCAGGGCCAAUGGUCAUUCAGUGCAUAACAGAUACACUAAUCCAGGAUGAAAAACAAACAAACAAAAGAAUACAGUAGCGCUGCAUUGUUUUGCCUGGAGCUCCAGUUCUAAUGUCUUCUGGAGGCCAAAUUAAAAAGAAAGCCCUCUAUUUUGCUAGGUGGGCAGUUUAUACAAUAGAUGCCACAAGUUCAUCGGGUUUAUAGAUGGUAUAAAUGCAAGGGGUUAAACACAGCACAGUGUCAGCUCAUCAGCUGGAAACAAUUCUGACGAUCGAAGCAGUGGAGUUACACCUACUUCAACAAAAUCAUGGGCAGGGUCAUCUUCUACGAGGAAAGGAACUUCAUGGGCCGCUCAUAUGAGUGCAGCAGUGAUUGUCCCGACAUGUCCUCCUACCUGAGCCGCUGCCACUCUUGCAGGGUGGAGAGCGGAUGUUGGAUGGUGUACGAUCGCCCCAACUACAUGGGAAACCAGUAUUUCAUCAGAAGGGGCGAGUACCCCGACUACAUGAGCAUGUGGGGCUGGGGCAACAACUGCAUCAGGUCCUGCCGCAUGAUCCCCAUGUACAGAGGCGCCUACAGAAUGAGAAUGUAUGAGAGGGAGAACUUCAUGGGUCAGAUGGUGGAGAUAAGCGACGACUGCGACUCCAUCAUGGAUCGCUACCACUGGUCCGGCGGCUGCCACUCGUGCCACGUGAUGGACGGCCACUGGCUCAUGUACGAGCAUCCUCACUACAGAGGCAGGAUGUGGUACUUCAGGCCCGGAGAGUACCGCAGUUUCAGGGACUACGGCAACUUCAUGAGUAUGAGGCGCAUCAUGGAUUCCUGGUUCUGAAAACCUCUGACAUGAAAAGCAAAAUCAUUUGAA